AUGGUUGACGUCCGCAGUGCUGCAACGGGUGCGGCAGUUUUGGUUCUGCUCCGCGGCCUAUACCUCGUGGUGUACCGGCUCUACCUUAGUCCGCUGGCCAAAACCCCUGGACCGAAGCUGGCGGCGCUAUCGAGCUGGUACGAAGCAUACUAUGACUUGGUCAGCGAGGGCCACGGCGGCCAGUUCGUCUUCCAGGUCAAGCGGUUGCACGAGAAGCACGGCCCCAUCUUGCGGGUCGGCCCGAACGAGGUCCACAUCGACGAUCCCGACUACCUUUAUACAACGAUGUGUACACACCGAUUUGACAUUCCCGAGGCGACCAUCAGCACCGUUGAAUCGGAGCAUCACCGCAUCCGUCGGGCGGCCAUCGCGCCCUUCUUCUCGCAUGCCCGCAUCAGCUCUCUGGGGGACCAUCUAGAUCUGCUGCUGGCUGAUGAGGAGAUGGGACAGGUGGAUACCUUUCGGGGGAUUGAGGUCAGGAGGGGAUAG